AUGGAUAAUUUAAGAGAAGAAGAUAAGCGUACAUUAGAGCUAUUAUUUUUAAAAGCCAAGUAGUUGGAUGAAGAGCUUGACCAUGAAGCUGAUAUAGAAGAUUAUAGGUAGAUGUAGGCUUUCUUUAAUGAAGAUGAAGAAUAAAGUAAAAAAAUAAUACAAAUAAAGCAAUAAAUUUAAGGAAUUGAGGCUGAAGAAGAUUUAACUAAGGAAUAAUUAGAAGAGCAAAAUUAGAUUAUAGAGGAAAUUCAAAGAGAAUUAUCUUAAGAUGAGUUAUUUACUCCUGAUAAUUAACAGCAAGUAUCAGAAGAGUAAAAAGAACAACAAAAAAAAUGCUUCGUUUGCAAAACAAAAGAACAUAAAUACACAUGUCCUGGCUGCUUUAAAAAAACAUGCAGUCUUUAAUGCUCUAAAGAUCACAAAGUAUAAUUUAAUUGCAGCGGAAGACCGAAUUAUACUGGCUAUGUAGAUAAGAAUAGCUACACUGAAGCAACAGCAAAGAAGGAUUACUAAUAUUUAAAAUAAACUUUGGAGGGCACAGAAUACAUUCGCAAAAAGCUGAGUUUUGUUAAUCACAAUCCUGAGCUUUUAAGGUUGAAACUUUUAAAAAUAUAUGCACGUAAAAAGCAUAAAAUAGACUUGGUAUUUGCACCAACUAUAAUGAAAAGGCAUAGAGAAAAUAUUUCGUUUUAUUAUAUGAAGAAUAAAUUAAUAUAUUGGCUAUUAGAAGUGUAGAUAGUUUACUUUUAAAAGCAAGGUUAAGGUGAAUAAAAUGAGAAUAAUAUUUUAAUAGCAGAUUAAUAAGGUGAAAUAGAAAAUGUAAAAUUAUAAGAGAAGUUAAUAAGAAAAUUGGUAGAUCCAAUCCCAGAAAAUAUUUUUUGGUCACAUGUAUUGAAAAGUGGGGAGACAAACUUAUUUGACGAUGAUUUGCUUUUAAAAGAAAAUGUAGAUUUUAGUAAUGCAGGAGUUUUAAAAUAAUUAGAAAAUAAAGAGUUGAGCAUAUUCAUUAAAAAUAGAUAUCGUAUUAUCGACAUUGUAGAAACUAAGACAAAAGACAACCUAAAUCUAUAAUGGUCAUUUAAGGUUCCAUAAAGUUAUUUAGAUAUUUAGAUUCCAAAUGAAUAUAGGGAAAGAGAAAAUAUUAACAAACAAUUUUAGUCUGAAUAUUAAAUGAUAGAAAUACAUCCUGACACUUUUAUUUACAACACUCUUCACGGAGCUAAAAUAAAUGAAUUCCCAGAAAUUUUCCUAGUAAAUAAAAAAUAUCUUCAAGCAUUUACUGAAAAGUAUAAAUGUCUGCUUUAAACUUCUGAGUGA